UCUUCAGCAUGCCCAACUGACGAGAACACCGCACCGCACCUAGACGGUGAGGAGACGGCGAUGCAAGCAAUUGCGACGACAAAAGAUUGCACGGUGCUUGAGGAUGUGCCAGAAGUGAUUGGUACAGUGGGAUUGGGAAAAAAGAGAAGGGAACUUAUCGCCGAACUCAGGAAACCUGCUCUCUUUCUCUUGAAACAUCCGAGCCGCUGUGGACGAGGAUCUGGCUGGCUUUGCUAUCGUACACGAGAUUUUAUGCGGCAGGCAGUCAUAGAGGAGCUGGGACGCUGUCAGGAAGCAGCUUUAGCGCCGAGAUCUGCCUGUCGAAAUCGAAGCCGCGUCAAAAAGUGGCUAAGAUUUGUUUAA